CAUCGGUUGGAGGACCGAGCUGCCAAAACGGUGGACGUAGCACCGGUGCAGCUGCCCAAACCGGUGCGACAGCAGCACACCGUACGCCUCGCACAGCCGCCGCAGCGCCGCGGCAGCCGAACCACACAAAACGAGCAACCAUGACCUCCUGGGCCCAAGUGUCAAAAUGCUGGAAGGUAGACAAUGGAGACGACUUCGACGCGAAGGCCCUGGAGUUGUAUUUCCCCGCCGCCAAAGACCACGAGGGCGCCGAAGCAAGAAAAACGAUCUGGAAGGCCAUGGACAACAACGGCAACAAAUAUGUGAGUUUAGCCGAGUACGACGGGUGGUUUAAUCAACACACGGGCCAGCUCGAGACGAAGGCCGGCUGCAAGCCGGUUGCCGGAAAGUCCACUAUUUUUACGUAUGCCCGGCCCGUGUUGAUCAGGGCGUUUACGCUAGCGAAUGGCGUUGCUCCUACCUCACCCCAUAAAGCUGGGUUAGAUGGCGACGAGUAUGUUACAAGGGAUGAAUUAAGGUGUCUCAUGGUCGUGACCCAGGCGGCGCUGAAGAUUUACCGGUUAUUUGAGAGCGCGGAUACGUCUGGCGAUCGCCGAUGUACGCGCGACGAGUGGGACGCGGGUCUCGAGCAUAUGAAUAACGAGCUGAAAUCCUACGGUCUAGCAGGUGAUUUGGUCAGUGACGACUUCGACAAGGUCGAUGCGGAUGGGGGUGGGUCGAUACUGUUAGAUGAGGCGGUGCACUUUUUCUUAGAUCGGUUAUGUGAUGAUCCAGCAUUACUGAGGGAGAACGUGAGUGAAACAAAGGAGUUAGCCGAGCGGUCGGCGAAGAACAUCGCCGUCGCUCCCAGUAAGCCUCCCGCACCAGAGAAGAAGAAGCACAAGGUACUAACCACGUCCAAGGUCUGGGACUUGGUUGUGAAUCAGGGUAUGGGUGCUGUGCACAUUCAACGAGCGUGUGAUGCGGCGCAUCUGGGCGACGACAUCACGCUCAAAGCGGAACGAAGAGGCCGGGGCUUCAUCCUGACGGCGACGGUUCCUAGAACGUUCGACGCCUGGACGUGGCUCGACGAGGAGUUGAAGGAGGUGCUUUCAGAUUUGGUCCAAGAUAUUAGUUUGAGGGGUGUGAAGAAGAAGGCGCCGGCCUUCGACGGCGCCCCGCCUCCUGUGAAGCCAGUUGUUGUGGAGGCGGCGGCGCCCGCGCCGCCGCCGCCGCCACCAGUCACACAAGCGGAGCCCGGCAUGAAAUUGCACUACGAGGGCGUCGAGCUUUGUCUGAGACAGACGGGCGCCGCGGCCACGGGCCAGGGGCCUUUGACACUAGAAUUCGGCGGUCUGAGAGUUACGGUCGAGCGCAGCGACGGCGUCUCCACCAUCGCCGGCGGGCGCGUCGAGCGGCGCCACGCGACGGUCCGCUCGCCGCGGCGGCGAAUUACUCGAAAGCCGCUCCACGUCACCGGAAACAGUACAGGAUCGCCCGUGCGCCGGUCGACGGCUCCCGUCAAGCCGCCGCCCUCACCUAGACGAGAAGCGCCGGCGGUCCUCCCGAGCGGCUGGUCGCGCAAGUGGUGCCCGCGCAAGAGCCGCUACUACUACCUCGACCACGCGACCAAAACGACGACCUGGAAGCACCCCUUGGAACUGCGGCCGUCGUCCGUGCGCGCGUCGGUCGACCCCUUCUCGAGCUUCUACGACUACGACGUCCUCGCGUCGCCGGACGCGCGCACGCGGCGCUAAGUACUCACGCGUCUUUUAUCCUAU